AUGCGCAAGACUCUUAAUAUUGGAUCAGGCCUUUGCUUGAUUCUCUACUUCGUGUUAGAUGUUAAUGGACAUUGCCACCCAGAUACGCAGUGCUUUGGAAAUGGCAACUACGACCAAAAGACACACACAUGUGAGUGUUACGAGCGGGCUAGAGUUGGCAAAUACACUGGAGAAUGUUGCGAGAGUAUUGGCUGUAAAUUAAAUGCUACUUGCAAACACGGCUACUGCGACACUGAUGGCAUACACUGCAAGCGGUGCCAGACAGGAUGGACUGGAUCAAACUGUGAAAAUGUUAGUUCGUGCUUUCCCUGGUUUCCCUGUAGAUAUCAUGGAUCCUGCAAACAAUCUAGGAGCAAAUGUGACUGUGAGCCUGGCUGGGUGGGAGACCUGUGCGAUCGCUCGCUCUGCCAAGUUCCGUGCAAAUAUGGCGCAUGCCCAAACGACCCAAAGAAAUGCGAGUGUUACGAAAAUUUUUAUGGCAAAGAAUGUGAAAGGUAACAAUGUUUGUAUAUUGUUCUACAAAUUCGACUAGGUAUUCAAUCAACGCAAGACAUCAUAAUAGGACACUUUCCUAUUAUGGCUCUUGAUCAACGCCAUUACUGAAAUACAUCAUCUAUUUUCACGGCGUUACACAUAGGGCUUACUGUGCCGAAGGAUGGAAAUGCUUGAACGGGGGCUACUGUGUUGAUGAGAAGCACUGCGCAUGUCCACCACAUUACACAGGUGGGAGCUACAGAUCACACUAUAGUAAAUAAACUGAAUAAAACAAAAGUCAGGGAAAGUACAAAACGGAUCAACAAUAGCGUGCUCGCAGGCUAGGUUCAUUUUGCUUUAUACAUGAAGACAUCUGCACAUACGCAAAUGAACUGAAAUAAAUCUAAAAUUGUAAAUCCUGAUAUUCACCUAGCUGUCCGGCAUCUCGCGCUUCCUUACAUACUUUGCAUUCAUUUUACUUCAUUUGAAAAGGUCCCUAAACAACGGACCUUCACAAUGACUACAAGUUUCAUUAAAUGAUUAUGAUUUUCAUUAAAUCAAAGACAAAAUAUUUACAUUUACUCAUGAAACGCUAUUUGCAAAGAAGUAAAAUCUUAGGUGCGAAAAUGUGAUAAAAUAAUCAUCACUGCAAAAAAAAAAAAAAGAAUAGAGCGACAGAGUCCCGGGAACAGAGUGGUUCCUUUUCUCAAAUUGAUCGUGUCGAACUUAGAUUUAUUUAUUUUCUUACACUUUAUCUAGCGAGUCUAACUCAACUUCUUGUUUUUAAAGAACUCUGCAUCUCUUUUUCUUUCAAAAUAUUUCUCCGUUCCUGAUUGGUCUAACGUUGCCUGAUUGGCCUGGCUCAUUAUUUAUAACUAGCUAGCACUGACCAAAUUUGGAAGCUAAAUGCUGAUAUCGAUACAAUUGACGUCAAUUGUCCUGAAAUCAACAGAAAAAAGGGACAAAAGGAAGGUUUAAAACGCUAUACGAAGAAUAAAAAUUUAGUUAACUAGAUAGCAGAAAUAGCACAUGAUUAGCAUAAGCAUCCCUUCAUAUCCUGACACUGCAUGCCGAGGACCAGCCAAAUUUGUGAGUUUACGCAACUGGACGGCAGGAAGAAGAGGACGGCAAAUCGCUUGCCGUGUGCGUGACGAACGCGACAAGGCUAUUACUUGCGUGUUUUGUCGUGAUCUUCACUAACAUCAAUGUUUUCUGGUCUUUAACAAAAAGAUCUGUUUAAAGGAAAGAGAAGUUUGGCGAAAAGUUUUUGGAACAAAAUUAUUGUCACGCUUGCCACACAAGGUUUGCCGUCUUCUUUCCUCUCCCGUCAUGUCCCGUCCUUUUGCGUAAGUUCAAAAUUUAUGAAGACUGGAGUUUAGCAUGUUUUGUUGAAGUUGGAAAUAUUUUGAAUGAAUCAUAAUGAAACAAUUAUAUGAAGAAUUAUGCAGAUCUCGGAGGGUAUCUGCCUCGAUCACUCAAAUGAUAAUUCUUCGCAUCAUGCUCAGCCCCAUGUAAAAACUGUUAAUGAUAAACAUUUCUGUUCAGGCAAAAGAAUCAAAUAACUUUCCGUAACAGUACAUAUGACUAUUGUCAAAAGUCCUUCUUUUUAAUUCACUUAGAAGAACAAAAACACUGAAAGUGCACUACCGUUUCUAAAGUAGGUCUGUUGAUCCCGCAAAUAGCCACCCUGCGAGCAAAGAUCUCUCUCUUGUAUGGCUUUUAGUGUUUACGACGUCGUUCGCGAGGCUUGUGUGUCGCGUAGUUGGAAACGCCCUCCUGGGUCGUAUAAAACAAACCAACUACUAGGCUGACAAGCCACGCGAACGACUUCGUUAAUGCUAAAAGUCGUGCAAGAGAGAAACCUCUGCUCGCAGGGUAGCGAAUAGGCCACUGAUAAAAAAAAGGCGGUGCAAUCUUCCAUCUGUGUUAAUCUAGGGGAGCAGUGUGAAACCAUCACUGGAUGCAGCGUGCCCUGUGAACAUGGACGAUGUUCCAAAAAACCUGAUUUGUGCGAGUGUGAGACCAAUUGGGGGCCUCCAGGAAAAUGCAAUGUUUACAAAGGCCCUUGCCUCAACUGCUCUUCUCAUGGAGGGACCUGCGAGAAUGGUCCUUAUACGUGCAAGUGUAAAUCAGGUUUGUUUGUUCUCUAAUCCUGUUUACACGAGCUCUUCAAAACGUGAUGUCAAUUUAGUUAGGAUAGGAUCUUUUUUCUCGGAAAGGAACCUGUUCUCAGACUUGUUUAGGAGUCUAUCUAGUGCGAAAGGAAGUAUCUCAGUGGCUGGAAUAAAGAGAAAAGUCAUUUACAACAACAGGAAAGCAUUUGUCCUCUUUUUAUCUUUUCCAGGUGUUGACAUUUGCUUACAAUCACUUUCAUUUUCGAAUCAAUUUGGUACUUGCUUCUCACAAAAAAUGUUCCCUUCCUGUAGAAACACCACACAAAAUCAUUGCUAGUGGUUUUUCAAGUAAAGCCAACUAAAUAAUGCAUAGUUAUAUAUAUUUUUUACCAGUGCCCAGAGCCGAUAGCUGUAGCCAUCCACUGCACGGGUACUACACGAAAUAGUAAAAACGGUACCUAAUUGAAUACGCGUUGAUUUGUCAUUUUUUAAAGGUUAUACUGGUCUACUAUGUUCUGAACAGAGGUGCGAUGGAUGCGCGCAUGGGCGAUGUCAUUUAGACAGCGACGGUAAAUCAUGUUAUUGCGACUAUGGGUGGACCAAUGAAAUCCACGUCCCUGGUUUUAAUAUGUUCAAAGGACCUUGCAAGAUAAUCCAAUUUUGCCUGACCCCAUGCCACCACGGUUCGUGUAAAGAAGAUCCUUACAAAUGCCAGUGCCAUCCUCCUUAUGUUGGGAGCGAGUGCGACACGAUUCAGUGUCCAAAGUGCUGCCCUCCGCAGACGUGUGACUGCAGUAAUCCCAGUGCAAUCCAGUGUCGCCCUAAGUGGCACCAUGACUGCUGCUUGUUAAAGUCUUGCUUCAAAGGAGACACCUUGGUUCACACCGCCAGAGGACUGGUACCGAUCGAAACUAUCAAGGAAGGAGACAUGGUCGUGACUCGACAUGAGAAUGAGGCUCCCUCCGUGACUCACUUGCGUCGCGUUGACCAGGUUCGGCGACGAAACGUAACCGAGAAGGAUCUUGUUGUGUUCAGAAUGCAUGACGAAGACAUGUGGGUCACGCGCGAACAUCCUUUCUUUGAGACUGUUACUGGCUCCUGGAUGACAGCUGGAAAUGUAACAGCGUCACAUUCGCUUCAGGGUUUGCAUGGCAAAAUGGUGAAACUGCAGGCUCACCUCAAGGCCUCGGAACUACUUGCGUCGUCCGAACAAUUAACUCUCUUUACUGUUUACGAUCUUUCAAUUGACGAGUACGAUCGAUACGCCGUCGGAAAACACGGGUUGCUGGUGUCCGCGUGUAAUGAUUUGACCGAGCUUGAGUUACGAGACCGAAAGAUUUGGGAUAACGCCAUGCAUCGCAUCUUCUUAAGCACUUUCAAAAAGGUAAGAAAUACUACUAUAUUUAUUAACUGGGUUCAAUGCAGAGCAAACGAAAUGUAUUCUUUACCUGUGAAAUGCUCAAACGGGAGUGGGAGUACUAAAGACUGGUAUAUGUUCGCAAAACAAAGUAACCUGAUUAUUUUAUUGCCGGAGGGCCAAAAAAAAAUCAUAAAUGACGGUCAGUUAUAUGUAUGAGGAAAAACUAUUUGGAUCAGUCUAGUGUACGAGUAAGCAUCAAUUGCAUUAUAAUGCUGCAUAUAAUUGUAAUUAUUAAAUGGCUGGAUUUUCAGGUGGAGUAAUGUCAACUGUUUUACCUACUAAAUACUUUUAACUUCUUUAAAAGGUUGAUAAUGACGACAACACUGGUUUUUUGGUCGCCCUUAUCGGUGGAGUGCUGGGUUUCCUUUGCUUGGUAGUGCUGUUGAUCGUGGCUGUGUGGAGGUGCCGUGUACAUAAACAGGGGAGCUAUAAUGUGGAGCGAGCCCGUCUGAUAGAUAACGAUGAAAAGAUGGCAGCAAACUAA